CCUCCCUCUUCCCUUCUUUCUUUCACCCGGCAAUGGCUCCCCAGCCGUCCCCCAGUCACCAUGACACCAUCAUCAAUCUCCUCACGCUUCGGGCCUCUCCUCCUCCUUGGCUUCCCAGCCGUUCUCUUACUUGACUGCUAUAUAGAGGACCAAGAAGAGCACUGCAAGCCAGUGAGAGAGAGAGUGAGCUGUGUGUGUCUGUGUAUGCGUGAAAGCUCUUCUUGCAAGUCACUAACCAAAGGUGGGAGAAAUGAGAGCUCUUUUGAUGCUCUUAAGCUGGGUUUUUCUCCAGUGGCAACUUGCCUUUGGUGCUUCUUAUGACGGACCGCGGUACGACUAUUAUGCUUCUACUGAGUGCAAGACUUAUCCUGAAGCUCCGCUUUAUGAUGGAGGAAUUCUGGCUGACAGGACAGGGAAGAUUCCAAUGACAUACUAUAAAAUGGAGACUGGGGUCUAUUCUCCAGCAUUUGUACUGGACAACUUAACCGGGACUACACGAUACACUUUCUCUUGUUGGGUGAAGAUUAAAGGAACAGUUUCAACUCUUCUCAAGGCAAGACUAUCUACAGAAACUUCAACAUCAAAAUGUGUAGGAACUGCAUCGGCCAAGAGUAGCUGCUGGUCCUUUCUUAAGGGAGGUUUUGUCCUCGACUCACCCUCUCAGACUUCAAUUCUCUACUUCCAGGAUGUCGAAGCGAACAAUGCAAUCGAAAUCUCGGUCACAAGCCCAUCGUUGCAACCGUUCUCGGUCGAGCAAUGGAAGACGCAGCAAGAAGAAAAAAUCAGAACAAAAAGGAAGCGUGUGGCCACAGUUCACGUCUCGGACUCGCAAGGAAACCACAUCACUGGAGCUUCUGUCACAGCCCAGCAGCUCUCCAAAGACUUCCCAUUUGGCUCUGCAAUAGCCAAAACUAUCUUAGGAAACACAGCGUAUCAGGCAUGGUUCGCAAAGAGAUUCAAUGCUGCAGUCUUUGAGAACGAGCUCAAGUGGUACACCACGGAGCCUGAGCCAGGGAAGCUCAACUACACUCUGGCUGAUGAGCUGCUGGAAUUCGUCAGGGCCAACCAGAUUGUGGCCCGAGGCCACAACAUCUUCUGGGAGGACCCCAAGUACACUCCAUCAUGGGUGCAGAACCUCACCGGCGACGAGCUCCGGGCAGCCGUCAAGUCUCGCAUCGAUAGCCUGUUGACCAGAUACAAAGGGGAGUUUGUGCACUGGGACGUGAGCAACGAGAUGCUUCACUUCGAUUUCUACGAACAACGUCUCGGAUACAAUGCUACCUUCGACUUCUUCGCUACAGCGCAACAAUCGGACCCCUACGCUACUUUGUUCAUGAACGAUUUCAACGUAAUCGAGACCUGCGACGAUGUGAAUUCGACCGUCGAUUCAUAUGCGUCGAGGCUGAAAGAGAUCAAGGAAGGAGGGGGUGUUUUGGAAGGCAUUGGACUGGAGGGACAUUUCUCUAAGCCAAACUUCCCUCUAAUGAGAGCUGUGCUGGACAAGUUGGCCACUCUGAAGCUUCCCAUUUGGUUAACAGAGAUUGACAUAAGCAACAGCUUCGAUCAGCAAACACAGGCUAUAUAUCUGGAAGAAGUGUUAAGAGAAGGGUUCUCCCACCCAUCAGUGAAUGGAAUAAUGCUGUGGACUGCGAUCCAUCCAUAUGGCUGCUAUCAAAUGUGCCUCACAGAUGGAAAUUUUCACAACCUACCUGCAGGAGAUGCAGUGGAUGGUCUCCUCCAAGAAUGGGAAACAAAGGAAGCAAGAGGGGCCACCGACGAGCGUGGUUCCUAUAGCUUUAUUGGAUUUUUAGGGGAGUACAAGGUGUCCGUGAGUUAUGGAAACAAAUCGACCGAGACCACAUUGUCCUUGACGCCAGGGGAUGAGACAAAGCAUUUGAACAUUCAACUCUGAGCAUUCAUCUAUUUGGGUGUGUUCUUUUAGAUAUUCCCGUGUGUCAGACUGUCUUCGUGUGGCUUGUUUGGUUGCUAAGAACUGGAGAUGCUAUAUAGUUGAAAUUACCAAUCUCUAGCUAUGUUCAUCACCCAAAAAAAAAAAAAAAUGAUCUCUAGCUAUGGCAGUGCUUGUUGAUAAGUAUAUGAGGGUUUUCUCUUAGGUUGUUCUCGUUUUACUGAACUGGAUUACUAGACCUUCUACAAGGUGGUCUCUUCCAAUGUUUGUGUGAUAGUAAGUGCAAAAUUGCAUGUAACUCCGGACCUAGUUUGAUAUAACAGAGUUGAUGCACCAUUAGGUUUGGAGAGGGAAUGAUCAUAUGUUUGAUUUCAAGACUUGGAUAUAGUUCUUGGAUUAUAUUAUUUAAGAGUGAUGUUACAGUGCUGCUAUUAUGGACA